AUGUCGUCGCCAUUCUCAAUAAACGGCGGCGCCUGCGUCGCGAUGGUGGGCAAGGACUGCGUCGCCAUAGCGUGCGACCUGCGGCUGGGCAUGCAGGCCCUCACCGUAUCCAACAACUUCCCCAAGAUCUUCAGCUACUCGUCGACCGUCUUCCUCGGCCUGACGGGCCUGGCCACCGACGUCGCGACCGUGUCAGACAUGUUCCGGUACAAGGUCAACAUGUACCGCCUGCGCGAGGAGCGCCACAUCGCCCCGCGCACCUUUGCCAACCUCGUCUCCAGCAGCCUCUACGAGCGCCGCUUCGGCCCUUAUUUUGUCAGCCCCGUCGUCGCCGGCCUCGAGCCCAAGACGGGCGCCCCCUUCAUUUGCGGAUUUGAUAGCAUCGGCUGCAUCGACUUUGCCAAGGACUUCAUCGUCAGCGGCACCGCCAGCGAGCAGCUGUUUGGCAUGUGCGAGAGCCUGUGGGAGCCGGAUUUGGGCCCCGAGGACCUCUUCGAGACCAUUUCACAGGCCCUCCUUAGCGCCGUCGACCGAGACGCUUUGUCAGGUUGGGGUGCUCACGUUUACAUUAUUGAGAAGGACAAGGUCACCAAGAGGUUACUCAAGGGUCGCCAGGACUAA